CUCACGCAGAACACUUCCGACUUCCGACGUUGAUAAAUAUACAGCAUUUUUUUUCCCCUUUGCCUCUGAGCGUUACGGAAUCCUUUAGUAAUUACCUCUCCGCUGUGGGACUUUACAGAGGAAGGCGAGAGCAGUGGGCCCUCCAUUGAGGAUGACAAUGGAUGAGUUGAAGAAUGAAGCUGAGACAAAUUCGAUAGUCUCCAUGACAUUAUAUGCAGUCAUGUACCCUGUCUUCAAUGAGUUGGAGAGGAUAAACUUGUCAGCGGCACAGACAUUGCGUGCAGCAUUUAUCAAAGCAGAAAAAGAGAACCCAGGGCUCACUCAGGAUAUCAUAAUGAAGAUCCUGGAGAAGAAGAAUGUGGAGAUCAACUUCACAGAGUCACUACUGCGCAUGGCUGCAGAUGAUGUGGAGGAGUACAUGAUUGAAAGACCAGAGCAAGAAUUCCAGGACCUGAAUGAGAAAGCAAGAGCCCUCAAACAUAUCCUAAGUAAAAUCCCAGAUGAGAUCAACGACAGAGUGCGCUUUCUACAGACCAUAAAAGACAUAGCCAGUGCUAUAAAGGAGCUGCUGGACACAGUCAACAAUGUGUUUAAGAAAUAUCAGUACCAGAAUCGUAGGGCACUUGAACAUCAAAAGAAGGAGUUUGUGAAGUACUCCAAAAGCUUCAGUGAUACACUGAAAACAUACUUCAAAGAUGGAAAGGCAAUACAUGUCUUUAUCAGUGCCAACAGGCUUAUCCACCAAACUAACUUGAUACUGCAGACCUUUAAAACUGUCGCAUAGGAGGCAAAGCUGUGAUGUAUGCAGAAGUGUGAAACCAGUUAUAUGUAAUAUACAAAGGAUUUUAUUAAUAUUAUUAUUUUGACUUUUGAAAGUAUAACUUAUAAACCUUGCUUCAUUUGAUGGAACAUAAAAUGACAAGUUUAAGACUAAACAUGUUAAUUUACUUAGUUUAUCAUUAUUUCAACAUUCUUGACAGCUCCAUUACCUUUUCUUUCACAGUUCCAAUCAAAUGAAAGCCAAAAGACUGCGCCUUAAAGUGUCAUGCAACAUUCCAUAUUCAAAGUGUAAAUAUUGGUAUUCUUUCUUUGAUAUUUGGGCAUAAAGAAUAAGAAAUAAAAAUUGUGUAUUUAACAGAUAUUUGGUUAUAAAUGUUCAAUAAAUAAUUUACAAAUGUGGAAUUUUUGAAUAUGCUCUGUUCCAGGAGGUUUUGAUUUAUUCACUUAAUAAAUCCCCAGAGAUGC